AUGGCCACUCCGCGUCUCGCCCGUCUUCCCCGGUGGAUCAGCCACUGGCUUGGCUAUCGCCCGGAGGCCGUGAAGCCACGCUCUACAUACGAAAUCGCUUUCUGGUCCUUCGUAACCUCAUUCUGUGGUCUAUCAGUCGUACAAGCAAUUUUCAACUACUCCGACUACUUCACCGAGCGCAAUGUACCGGGUAUAAUCGCCUCCUAUGGUGCAUCUGCAGUCCUCGUCUUCGCCGCAAUCGAAAGCCCCCUCGCACAGCCGCGCGCUCUAGUCUUCGGCCAUUUCUUCAGCGCUUUAAUUGGCGUCUGCGUUACCAAAUUGUUUAGUUUGAUGCCUGACCAGACGCGGUUCGAGUCCCUGCGCUGGCUGGCUGCUUCGCUCUCAACGGCCAUUGCUAUUGUCGUUAUGCAGUUGACGGGUACUACCCACCCGCCUGCUGGCGCGACUGCGUUGCUCCCAGCUACCAGCCAGGAAAUUUGGCGGCUUUCUUGGUACUACUUGCCUGUAGUCCUGUUGUCUUCUGUUAUGCUCUUGGUGUGCGCGCUGCUGUUCAAUAAUUUGCAUCGUCGGUAUCCUGCAUUCUGGGUCGCGCCUACUCCGCCGAAGUCUGUUGCCCCUCCCGCUCCCUUGCCGGUGUCUGAUGUUUCAUUGGAAGAGGAGAAGGCUGUGAAGAAUCCUGUUUGA